AUGUAUACUUCGCAUCCUCAUGCACAUCUUUCUGCUGGCAAUGGCUUUGGUCCUGGGGCAUUCGACUUCCGAGAUCUCAGCAUGAAGAGGUCGAAUAACCCAGACUACUUCCAAAUCAAGCCUAUUCGCGGAUCGUCUCCGACAGCUAGUCUGGCGGCAGAUCUCUCCCAGAACUUUCACAUUGAUAUGAGCCCUCAAUUGCCAACGCCUCGUCGAUCGCUCUUCACCUCGAACCUAUUUGGCACAAUUGAUGGACGGGAAUGCGUUACGACGCCUCCUCUCCCAUCAUCCUCGCCGGGACCGCUGAACGAACGGAUGGACAUUUCUCCCCUUCCUCACAAGCAACCAUACUUUGCACAAAUAGAGGUCCAAUCUCCCACGCCAGGGCAUACCGCAGAUGAAAUUCUGAUGCCGUCAUCGCCGCCUCGGCCUGCAUUUUUGGAGGCUCCGAAACCUUCCCAUGGCGUCGAGCGAAGAAAAUCAAUCCUGGUUCGGCCAACCCUUCAAAGAACAAAAGGAUUCUCUACCAAUUCAAUCCCAAGUCGAACUCAAGACCAAUUGCCUCCCUUCCGCUUUGGUGCUGGAAGCAGCAAAUUGUCAACGGCGACCUCGAUGACAUUGGGCGAAUGUUUUAUGGAAUCACCUCCACAGGAACGUAGACCACAGUCUGCGAACAGCCCUUCAGCGUCGAUCAUGGGCCCAUCCAAACCGAGCAAACCAUUUGGAAGCAUCAGUUCGUUGAGAAAUGGAUCUCCAAUUGGCAACCACAACCGAAGGCCUUCCAAUCCGUCAAUUCGGCCCAGGAAGCAGUUUCGUCGGUCCCUGAGUAUGUUCGAGCACCCGGGGGAUGUCAUGAAGGGAAAGAAUGACCAUCCUCCGAGCAAUCUCCAUACGGUGAUGGAUAUUGAUGAGCUUCACAUGCCGGCGUUGCCACAUUUCUUCCAAGAAGGCCAGCCAGACAGCAUUCCCAGGAUCACCAGAGACACCCUUCUGGAAAUCCUUGAUGGAAACUACGACAGCCAAUUUGAUCAACGCAUGAUCAUCGAUUGUCGAUUCGAGUAUGAAUUUGACGGUGGUCAUAUCGAUGGCGCUGUCAACUACAACGACAAGGAAUUACUCACUGGCCAACUCUUCGAGCAAAGUCUUUCUGGCAAAACUUUACUAAUCUUCCACUGCGAAUACUCUGCACACCGGGCACCCAUCAUGGCUCGUCAUGUACGCAAACAAGAUCGCUCUACUAAUGCGGAACACUACCCGAAGCUCACCUACCCCGAGGUGUACAUUCUGGAUGGUGGAUACAGUUCUUUCUUCGCCGAGCACCGAAGUCGAUGCUUCCCGCAGAACUACGUUGAGAUGGACGCCAAGGAGCAUGCUUACACCUGCGAGAGAGAGAUGGGACGUCUCCGCCAGACCAGGAAACUCAGCAGGGCACAAACUUUUGCUUUUGGACAACAUGGGCAGAUAGACGACAGCCCGACCGCACCCGCUCGAUCCAGGACAACAGGUGGUGAUCUCUUAAUGACAGGAAUGACUUCCCCUCUGCCGGGUCACGCACGACGUAUGGUCUCAUACUAA